CUUCAAAUACUGUUCGUAAGGGUCUAUAUAUAAUUACAGAAACGUGAAGAGUUUUCUCCCAGCGUUCGUCCAGCGAACGCCACUUACAUUUAUCGAAUUUCUCCCCCAGAAUUCGCAAUCCCCAUCGGCGACCACAGCAACAGGAUGAAGCUGGUACAAAGGGAGGCGGAGAAGCUGGCGCUGCACAAUGCAGGGUUUUUGGCCCAGAAGCGCCUCGCACGGGGGCUCCGCCUCAACUACACGGAGGCCGUCGCGCUCAUCGCCGCCCAGAUUCUUGAGUUUGUUCGUGAUGGAGACAGAACUGUGACAGACUUGAUGGACUUAGGAAAACAACUGCUGGGAAGGAGGCAAGUUCUUCCAGCUGUUCCACACCUUUUAGAAACUGUACAGGUUGAAGGAACAUUUAUGGAUGGAACAAAACUAAUUACUGUACAUGAUCCUAUUUCUUCUGAUGAUGGAAAUUUGGAGCUAGCACUGCAUGGUUCUUUCCUCCCAGUACCUUCACUUGAAAAGUUUUCUUCGGUUGGUGUGGACGACUUUCCUGGCGAAGUACGUUUUUGCUCUGGUCACAUAGUCCUCAAUCUUCAUCGCAGGGCUUUAACUCUGAAGGUUGUUAACAAGGCAGACAGACCUAUUCAGAUUGGGAGUCAUUACCACUUCAUAGAGGCCAAUCCAUACCUUGUUUUUGAUAGACAAAGAGCUUAUGGCAUGAGACUGAACAUACCAGCUGGCACAGCUGUCCGUUUUGAGCCAGGGGAUGCAAAAACGGUUACACUUGUAAGCAUUGGUGGUCGUAAAGUGAUCAGGGGUGGAAAUGGAAUUGCUGAUGGUGCUGUCAACAGAUCUCAGCUUAAUGAGGUAAUGGAAAAGGUUAUUGCAAAUGGUUUUGGGCAUGAAGAUUAUCCAGAUUCAAGUGAAGGUAUUAUUGGUGAUGGCACACAUGACUACAGUGUUGAUCAUGAGAAAUAUGCAAGCAUGUAUGGGCCUACAACUGGUGACAAGAUUAGACUUGGUGACACUGACCUUUUUGCGGAGAUUGAAAAGGACUAUGCCAUCUAUGGUGAUGAGUGCAUAUUUGGAGGCGGAAAGGUUCUACGUGAUGGAAUGGGACAGUCGGCAGGGUAUCCAGCCUCAGAUUGCCUGGACACAGUUGUAACAAAUGCUGUUGUGAUUGACUAUACAGGAAUAUACAAAGCUGACAUUGGUAUAAAUGGUGGACUUAUCGUUGCUAUUGGGAAGGCUGGAAACCCUGAUGUCAUGGACAUGGAUGGUGUUAAUGAAGAGAUGAUUGUGGGGGUUAAUACUGAAGUUAUUGCUGCUGAAGGCAUGAUUGUUACUGCUGGUGGAAUUGAUUGCCAUGUUCACUUCAUAUGCCCUCAGUUGGCAGAAGAGGCAAUUGCAAGUGGCAUCACAACAUUGGUGGGAGGUGGAACUGGACCAGCACAUGGAACUUGUGCCACAACUUGCACCCCUUCACCAUCUCACAUGAAACUAAUGCUACAGUCCACUGAUGAAUUACCAAUCAAUAUGGGAUUCACAGGCAAGGGAAAUACUACAAAACCUGAUGGAUUGGCUGAGAUCAUUAAGGCAGGAGCAAUGGGCUUGAAGUUGCAUGAAGAUUGGGGAAGCACCCCAGCUGCGAUAGAUAACUGUUUAUCUGUCGCAGAAGCUUUUGAUAUCCAGGUAAAUAUCCACACAGACACCUUAAAUGAGUCAGGCUGUGUGGAGCAUACAAUUGCCGCAUUUAAAGAUAGGACAAUACAUACAUAUCAUAGUGAAGGAGCAGGUGGUGGUCAUGCUCCAGACAUUAUCAAAGUAUGUGGAGUGAAAAAUGUGUUACCCUCUUCAACAAAUCCAACUCGGCCAUUUACUUUGAACACUGUAGAUGAGCACCUUGAUAUGCUGAUGGUCUGCCAUCACCUCGAUAGAAAUAUCCCAGAAGAUGUAGCAUUUGCCGAGUCUAGAAUUCGAGCUGAAACAAUAGCUGCUGAGGAUAUCUUGCAUGACAUGGGAGCAAUCAGUAUCAUAUCAUCCGAUUCGCAGGCUAUGGGGCGCAUUGGAGAGGUGAUUACUCGGACAUGGCAAACUGCAAAUAAGAUGAAGAGACAGAGAGGUAGAUUACCUAUAUCCAGUUCCCCCGAUGCUGCAGAGGACAAUGACAAUUUCCGGAUAAGAAGAUACAUAGCUAAAUACACCAUAAAUCCUGCUAUAGUGAAUGGCUUUUCUGAUUUUGUUGGCUCUGUUGAGGUGGGAAAAUUAGCUGACCUUGUUAUUUGGAAACCUUCUUUCUUUGGAGCAAAACCAGAAAUGGUUAUAAAGGGUGGUGCUAUUGCAUGCGCUAAUAUGGGUGAUCCAAAUGCUAGCAUUCCAACACCUGAACCGGUUAUGAUGCGACCUAUGUUUGGUGCAUUUGGAGGGGCUGGAAGUGCCAACUCUAUAGCAUUUGUGAGCAAGGCUGCUAAAGAAGCUGGCGUUGCAGUGCAGUACAAGCUGGGAAAGAGGGUGGAAGCUGUAGGUCGCGUUCGUGGUUUGACAAAGCUGAAUAUGAAGCUAAACGAUGCACUUCCGAAAAUUGAUGUCGAUCCUGAAACCUACACGGUUACUGCUGAUGGAGAGGUUUUGAGAUGUCAACCAACACCCACAGUACCACUAUCUCGGAAUUACUUCCUCUUUUAGACAACUUUAGUGAACCAGCCUUUCUUAAUUAGGGUUAAUGCAUGCAUUUGGUCUCUCUCUUGUAUCCUUUUCAAUAAUAUGACUUGUAAACUUAAAGCUUUUUAUGUGAGUUUUCCUUCACAGGUGCAAUAAGGAUAACUUUUGGCCGUAAUGCUUGAUUUGAAUACACUUGUGUUA